UAUAGAGAGUAAGGUAUUCCAUAGACCGUAAGAAAAUAAUCUGUGAAGAAAAAUAGAGUGUGAGAGAUAUUGUAGUGAGGUAGAAAAAUCAAAAGAGUGUUAUUUCUUUUGAGUGCGUAAUGGUAUUUGGAGUAUUGUAAAAUUCCUUACUACAGUGAUACCAACGGCUCCUCUUGGCUGUGGUUUUUCCCUUAUUCAGAAGGGUUUUCACGUAAAAUUUUGAUGUCAUUAUUGCUUCAUUUUAUUCUUGUUGAUUUAACCAUAACUUAGUAUUCCACAUUUAUCAUUAAUACUGUAAAUAUUAUUUUUGUGGGUCUAUUUUAUCCCCACCAAGCAUAUAGGUACAUGACAAGGCUUAGAGAUGCUAGGCAUCUGUUAUGUCUCCCCUGUCUAUAUAGGCUCUUUGCAUUGUUCUCCAUUAUUCCUACAUGAAGAAACACUAAAUUUCAUAAAAACAACUAUGAUGAAAGUUCAAGUUAUUUCCAGAGAAAGCAUUAAACCGUCAUCUCCAACACCAAAUCACCUCAAAAACUUUAAUCUUUCUCUCUUAGAUCAACUAAUUCCAGCUCCUUAUGCACCAAUUGUACUAUUUUAUCCCAAUCUUGACGACGUUAAAGUCCACGAAAAAUCAGCGUUGUUAAAGAAAUCACUAACUAAAACGUUGUCAUCCUUUUAUCCCCUUGCAGGUAGGUUCAAAGAUGAACUCUCCAUUGAUUGCAAUGAUCAAGGAGUCAAUUAUGUUACGACCAAGGUUAAUUGCCAUCUAAUGGAGUUUCUAAACGAACCAAACCUCGAAUCGAUUGGUCAAUUUCUUCCUUGUCAACCUCCUUUUAAGGAAUUAGCUGCAGGGGAUUGUGUCACUAACAUUCAAAUAAAUGUUUUUAAAUGUGGUGGCAUUGCAAUUGGUUUGUGUAUAGCACAUAAGGUUCUUGAUGGAACAGUGCUUAGUACAUUUCUGAAAAAUUGGGCUGGAUUAAUCCAAUGUCCUAAUGUAAUGGCAAAUUACUUAUUCCCUGCUGAGGAUUUGUGGUUAAGAGACACAUCUAUGACAAUGUGGAGUUCAAUGUUCAAGAAGGGUAAUUUUGUCACAAAAAGGUUUGUUUUUAAUGCCCCUGCUAUAGAGAACCUUAAAGCUAUGUCAACAAAUUCACAUGUCAAAUAUCCUACUAAAGUUGAAGUAGUCUCAUCUUUCAUAUGGAAAUGUUCAAUAGCCUCUAAUAAGAGACCUAAUAAUUCACUACUAACACACAUUGUGAACUUGAGAAAAAGAGCAUCGCCAGCUUUACCAGAAAACAUUCUUGGGAAUCUUCUUUGGUUAUCAAGUGCAAAGAACACAGAAAAACCUGAAAUGGAGUUGCCUGAUUUGGUGAAUCAAGUAAGAAAAUCUAUAUCGAGGAUCGACGGUGACUAUGUUCAAAGGCUACGAGGCGAUGAAAGGUGCAAUUUGAUGAGAUUAUCUCUUAAGGAAAUUGGAGAUUUUUGCACAAAAGGUGCAAAUCACUAUGGUUUUAGUAGUUGGUGCAAGUUUGGAUUCUAUGACAUUGAUUUUGGAUUUGGAAAACCAAUAUGGGUGAGUAGUAUAAGUUCAAGGUGUUCCUUUUUCAUGAAUCUUAUUAUACUUAUGGAAACUAGGUGCGUUGAUGGAAUUGAAGCAUGGGUGACAUUGGAUGAGGAAGAAAUGAACAUGUUAGUAGGCAAUCAAGAACUGUUGGCUCUUGCUUGCAUAGACCCUAGCCCUCUUAGUAAAUAGGUCAAUAGCUAUUUACUUCACUUUCUUUCUCAGUAUUGUUUCACGUACAACUUCUUUUUCUGAUACAGUCGGAAUAUUGUACUCAUAUCGAGUUCUAAAUCUCCUGUGAUCGAGAAUGGCUGUAAAAGAUUAUGUCGCCUCCCCCUUAUGCUAUCAUUGGGAGAUGAUUUGCAUGUAAAGAUGUUGGAAGUAGCCUUUUUUUUAGCUAACAUAAAAUAAAUGAACAAAAAUGCAACUACUUUAAUAAUAUAAGCUAUUAGAUGAUGAGU